AUGGUGAACCCUAAAGUUUUCUUCGACAUGACCGUCGGCGGCGCACCAGCCGGUAGGAUCGUGAUGGAGCUUUACGCCGACACGACCCCAUUGACGGCGGAUAAUUUCCGUGCUCUCUGCACCGGAGAGAAAGGAAUCGGAAAGUCCGGGAAGCCACUCCACUACAAGGGAUCGGCCUUCCACCGUGUGAUCCCUAAAUUCAUGUGCCAAGGAGGAGAUUUCACCGCCGGGAACGGAACCGGAGGCGAGUCGAUCUACGGCAUGAAGUUUAAGGACGAGAACUUUACCAGGAAGCAUACCGGUCCAGGUAUCCUCUCCAUGGCUAACGCUGGUGCCAACACCAACGGAUCUCAGUUUUUCAUCUGUACUGAGAAGACGGAGUGGCUCAAUGGUAAGCACGUCGUCUUCGGCCAAGUCGUUGAAGGUAUGGAAGUGGUUAGGAACAUUGAGAAGGUUGGAUCUGACAGUGGGAAGACUAAACAGCCUGUGGUGAUCGCUGAUUGUGGUCAGCUUUCUUAG